GGUGUUUCCCUAUAGGUAAAAGUCACACUCGGAGUUAGGUUGCUGGAGCCUUGUCGGAAGUGGCUUGAAGAUCUUUAGAAUGGCAGGGAGGCCAGAAGAUGACGAGCCUCUUAUUCUUACCCUUGAAGAAAAUGGAAGUUGUGCUGAUUUCUCUAGAGAGGGCGCCAACAGGGACCUGACCUCAGCCAGAGAAGAGUAUGAUCUUUUGACCGAUCUCUCGGAGCAAGGUCGGGUGUCGGGGGAUUCAGCCCAGAGCUGGGGAACCCGAUAUCAGGAAGCUGCCAUCUACCUCCAGGAGGGGAAAAACAAUGACAAGUUUUACACUCAUCCUCGUGAUGCCAAAGCUCUAUCUGCUUAUCUGUUUGCACACAACCACUUGUUCUAUUUAUUGGAACUCGGCACAGGUCUUAUGCUGCUACUACUGUCACUAUGUGAGGCUCCUGCAGUCCCAUUUCUGCGCCUGGACAUUUACGUCCAUGCUACACUGGAGCUGCUAGCACUGGCACUGGUGGCGUUUGAGCUGAGCAUGAAAAUGAGAUGGCUGGGCUGUCGGACUUUUCUGAAGCAUCGAAGAACAGUGCUAAAGAGCUGUGUGCUACUGGUGCAGUUUAUAGAAGCCAUCGUGGUGCUCGUGAGACAGACUUCUCAUAUGCGUGUGACACGAGCCCUGCGUCCCAUUUUCCUGGUGGACUGCAGAUACUGUGGAGCUGUCCGGAGGAAUCUACGUCAGAUCUUUCAGUCUCUUCCGCCUUUCAUAGACAUUCUUCUUCUCCUCCUGUUCUUUAUGGUCAUAUUUGCCAUAUUGGGUUUCUACUUAUUUUCUCCUAAUGUUUCUGAUCCGUAUUUUAGCACUCUGGAGAAUAGCCUUGUCAACCUGUUUGUGCUUCUAACAACUGCAAAUUUUCCAGAUGUCAUGAUGCCAGCAUACUCUCGCAAUCCAUGGUCUUGCAUCUUCUUCAUAGUCUACCUGUCUAUUGAGCUGUACUUCAUCAUGAACCUGCUAUUGGCAGUCGUCUUUGACACUUUCAACGACAUUGAGAAGAAGAAGUUCAAGUCCUUGCUAUUGCACAAGCGCAUGGCCAGUCAGUUCAGCUACCAGCUGCUUCUCAACUCCCAGGGCCCCCCUGGAAUCUCCUAUCGUCACUUUGAUGGGGUGAUGAGGUUCUACAAGCCUCUCAUGUCCGCUCGGGACAGAUAUCUUACGUUCAGGGCCAUGAAGCAGAAUGGAGCAGAUAACCUCCGGUUAAAAGAUUUCUACCAAUUUUAUGAAGUUGUGGACUUGAAGUGGAAGGUACAGCGAAUUCGGGAGCACUGGUUUGAUGACCUCCCUCCCACAGCACUAAUUAUUUUUAAAGGUAUUAAUGUGUUGGCAAAAUCUAAAGCCUUCCAGUAUGGAGUGUAUAUAGUAGUUGCAAUCAAUGGCUUCUGGAUUCUGACAGAGACGUUUAUGCUGCAGGGUGGUAAUUUUUUUCCACAAGGUGUCCCUUGGAGCUAUAUUGUUUUUCUCACAUUGUAUGGGGCCGAGCUCCUUCUGAAGAUUACAGGCCUGGGGCCUAUGGAGUACUUUACAUCAGGAUGGAACCUGUUUGACUUUUCAGUGACUUUGCUGGCUCUGCUGGGACUACUGGCUCUUGCCUUUGAUAUGAAGCCUUUUUAUUUUAUUGUGGUGCUGCGACCUUUGCAGCUGCUCAGGCUUUUUAAACUGAAGAAGCGUUACAGAACCGUAUUAGACACCAUGUUCGAGUUACUUCCUAGAAUGGCCAGUCUGGGUCUGACUCUCCUCAUCUUCUAUUAUUCUUUCUCUAUUGUGGGCAUGGAGUUCUUCUCUGGAGUGCUGUACCCCAAUUGCUGCAAUACCAGCACAGUAGCGGACUCCUAUCGUUUCCUGAACCGCACUGUGGGAAAUCAGACUCUGCCUGAGGAAGGAUAUUAUUACCUGAACAACUUCGACAACAUCCUUAACAGUUUUGUUACACUGUUUGAGCUAAUGGUAGUUAACAACUGGUACAUCAUCAUGGAAGGUGUCACAUCCCAAACCUCCCACUGGGCGCGAUUGUUCUUUAUGGUUUUUUACAUUGUCACCAUGGUUGUGAUCACCAUAAUCGUGGCCUGCAUCCUGGAUGCAUUUGUGUUCCGCAUGAAUUAUAGCAGGAAGAACAAGGAUGCAGAAGAUGAAAAGGGAAUUACUAUGGAGAUAGAAGUGGGGAAAGAAGAGCUGACUUUGAUUCUGAAACACGCUCAGAGCAACGAUGAGCAAGCUCAACUCCGCAAACUGCUCUUACACCUGCAGUCUAAUGAGGCUUCAUCUGUGCUGUUCUUGGGCCGAAGAUCUAGAACCAAGAGUGACCUGAGCAUGAAGAUGUAUGAGGAAGAGAUCCAGGAAUGGUACAAGGAGCACGCACAAGCACGUCGGAAGAAGUCCAUAGAGCUACAGCAUCCUCUAGGAAGCCUGCGUCCCCGCUCUCGCACCGUUAACUGAGCUAUCACACGCUAUGCUCAUCUCACUAUGCAGUUAUCGGUAUUAAUAUUUAUACUUCUCAAGGGCCAGCAUAGGCCUGGCAGGGAUUAUGGUGUUCAUGUAUGCGGCUAUGGUGAGUUCUAAGUCUAACAACACUCCAGCCCGCUUGUUCCAGCGUCCUGAAAGACUCUUUAGGCUACCAGUCCCGAAAUAACACACAUGCUAAUCAAAAGAGACUGUAGAGCUUUAUUAAAAUUUACUGGGGUCAAAUGACUAUUUUCAUACUGGUUUUGAAGAGGAUGGCAGGGUAUUGCUGUUCUUGUAGUACAGAAUUGUAUAAUAUUUGCUCAUAGGAGGCCAAGGCCCGAGUUUUCCUACUGUUUCCUACUACAUACAAUGUUUCCCAACGUUCUCUGCCCCAGUUUAAUAUAUAUAUCCUUAAUGCAGACAAUCAAUGCUGGUUUUCCCAAUCUCUUCUUCUGCUGGACUGGAAAUGUGUUUACCCUUUCAUUGUAGUAUCGCACUUGGCAUCAUAAAAGAGGAUAAUAUGCGUGUAUAAUACACACACACACACAUAUAUAUAUGAAGCUAUAUUUGUAACAUUAAUAAACUUUACUUUUAUAACAGUA